AUGGCCGCGCCUGGCAAGCCGUCGGCCUCCAGAUGGGGCUCAUUCCUCACCUCGGCCGUCGCAGGCGUAGAGUCUCGCCUCGACAACAUGCUGUCCGAGGGCGCUGCAGGAGCCGACGAUGACGAUGGCGACGGCUGGACGUCCAGUCCCGCGCCCAAGAAGAAGCCACAACCGCAGCCGCAGCCACAAUCGCAGGCUCCCAUGACGGCAACGGCAGCGGCGGCGGCAAAGUCGGCCAAUACACGGUCCUCGUCCAAGCCUCGGGGGAACCCCAACGACCGCCUACAGGCCAGGCUGGCCAAAGCCAUGGCCGCCAAGUCUGGACAAGGCAACAGUGCGUCGCCCAGGAGCUCGUUUGACAGCAGACCGUCGAUGGACAGGCCCUCGAUCGACAGACCGUCCACGGAGCGGCCCUCGAUCGACAGCACGCACAACGGGGAGAACGAGCCGGCGGCCAAGACGGACACCCCGCCCGAAGAGGCCGCUACGCAGGCGGCGCCGGCGGCAGCAGAAAAGGGCGACAGUCCCGCGCCCCCUGGGCAAGAUGUAUCGGCCGGACCGAAAUCGGAAUCGCCACAGCCGGCCGCACCCGACGAGAAGAAGGACGCGGCAGAUGACGGCGACGCAGCGACGAGACCGACUGUCGCUGCCGCCACCACUGCCGCACCCCAGAGCCAUAUAUCGGAACUGGCCAAGGACAUGGACGAGAUCAAGGCGCGGCAGCAGGAGGAGAUCCAGGAGUACGUCGAGCGCAUAGACUCGCUGCAGUCCAAGCUGAAGUACCUGUCCAGAAACGCCGCGGACGCGGCCAAGAAGGCGGCGUCGGCGGCGCCUCCUGGCAGCGCGGAGCGCAAGCUGGCCGAGAAGGAUGAGAAGAUUGCGCUGCUGAUGGAGGAAGGGCAGAAGCUGUCGAGCUCGGAGCAGACGUUCCGCGCCACCGUCAAGCGGCUGCGGCUGCAGAUGGCCGACAAGGACAAGCAGGUCGAAGACCUGAGGAGAGCCAAGGACAAGGCCGCCUCGGAGGCCGACGCGCUGCGCAGCCGGCUCGAAGGUGAUGAGGAGAAAGAGAAGAGGCAGGAGGAGGCGCGCAAGGCGACGGCAUCGCUGCAGCGCGAGAUUGACGGCCUCAAGAAGGAGCGCGCCGUCAGGGACGACGCCAUGCGCAGGCUCGAGCAGGACCUCCGCGCCAAGGCGGACAAGGCCGCCGCCGCCAGCGCGGACGCGCACGCCAAGGCCGUGGCCGCCGAGAAGGCCCGUCAGAGAGAGCUCGAGGACAAGGUCGCCGCCCUCGAAGCCGAGAGGGACUCGCUCCGGGACAAGGCGCGCCUCGAGGGCCUCGAGUGGACCGAGAGGCUCGCCCGCGCCACCGAGCGGGGCCGCACCGUCGAAGCCGACCUCAGAGCAGAGGUCAAGGUGAUGGAGGGCAAGCUCGAGGCCAUGCGGUCCGUCGCAGAGGAGGCCUCGUCCGGCUCCGGCGGCGAGGCCCAGGUCAAGCUGCUGCGGCAGAUCGAGACGCUCCAGUCGCAGUACGCUACCGCCAGCGACAACUGGCAGGGCAUCGAAGCCUCUCUCCUCGCAAAGGUGGCUAGCCUCGAAAAGGAGAAGGAUGAGGCACAGAGGCGAGACCGAUGCCGCGGUCUAGAGGAUGAGCUGCAAGACGUCAAGCCGGAACUGGAGACGGCCAGGCGAGAACUUGAGACGUGCCGCGAGCAGCUCGCCGCCCUGCGGAUGUCGGCCAAGACGACGGAGACGGCCCUGGAGCAGGCCCGCGCCGACCUGGACAAGAUGCAGCGAGCAGCAGCGCGGGAGAUGCAGCAGCAGAACGAUGCGUACCGGCGGGGAGGGUGGGCGGACGACGUUCCCGCGAUGCCAUCGCCGCGCAACCAGAGUCGGCCGGACUCGCCGCUGCUAUCGGUGCCGCGCAACUUCAGCUCCGAACUCGCGGGCCUGCAGAUCUUCAACAAGCCGCUGUCGCGCCGCACGCCCGUCUCGGGCAGCAUACCCGACAGCCCCGGCGACCUCGGCAGCAUCCGACGACUGCCGAGCCAGCCGUCACUCCGGCGGACGGGCACGUUCUCCACCACGGGGUCCGGUGCGGCCGCGGGCUCGGGCGUGCCGCCCAUGCCCUUCUCGCCGUUCGAGCCGCCGCCCAGCGACGGGCUAGACCUCAUGUCGCCUCCCUCCCUGGCCGAGCGGGACGAGUCGGCCGCUGCCGGUGCAGGUGCCGCCGGUGCGGGAGAGGGCCCGGUGCCGUUCUCGCCGCGCAACGUGGCGCAGGACAUGGUCUCGGUCUCGACCGUCGGGGCCGGGCCGUCAGUGCAGCUGGUGGAGCGCAUGAGCGCAGCCAUCCGCCGGCUCGAGGCCGAGAAGGUGGCGGCAAAGGAGGAGAUGGCGCGCGUGUGCAGCCAGAGGGACGAGGCGCGGUCCGACAUACUCUCGCUCAUGAGGGACGUGGAGGCCGCCAAGGCGGCGUCCAGAAAGGCCGACGACGCCCAGAGGCAGCUCGAAGAGGUCAACGCCCGCUACCAGACUACCCUUGAGCUGCUGGGCGAGAAGAGCGAGAUGGUGGAGGAGCUCAAGGCCGAUGUGCAGGAUGUCAAGGAAAUGUAUCGCGAGUUGGUGGAACGGACGGUCAAAUGA